AUGAAGGGUGGCCACAAGUCACCGAGUGGUGGUGGUAAUCUUCUGGCUUCAGGAGGUGCCAGGAGCCAACAGGGAGCGACAGCAACGGCCAACUUUAGCAGCACUAAUGGCGGCGGCAAUGGCAACGGAGGAGGAGGAAAUAACAGCAAGGUGCCGAAGACGCUGACGGAGCACAAGAGCAAACGGCUCUCCAUCCUGACGGCCAUCAACGAGCACAAGCACAUUCUCUUCACGAAGAAGGCCUUCAAGCACGAGAAGGAGAAGAUCUGGCGGCAGAUCUUCACCAAGAUGCUCGACUUUGGCAUGGUCAGCAAGGAGAAGGACUGGCGCUACGUCCGCGACGUCUCCUUCUCCAACUGGCGAAAGCGGGCGCAGAAACGUCUGAAGCACCUGGCCGCCAAUGGCUACCGCCUGAACAUGGACGAGUGCGAGUUUCUCAUCUACGACAUUCUCGGGAAGACGCCUGAUAAGACGGUGACCGGAGAUGAUGAUGGUGGCGAGGAGCAGACAAUGAAUGCGGGAAAUGCUGAAUCAGCAAGUGUUGGUGGUGGGUGGAUGGGCGUGGAAGGUGGCAGCAAUUCUGCUGCAGCUCAAGCAGCUAUGCUAAUGGCCAUGAAGCUGAAGAUGCAGCAGCAGCAGCGGCAGCAGCAGAGUGGUGGCCAAGAAGAUGACGAUGAUGAGUCGGACGAGUAUAUGAUUGACACUAUGCUGAUGGCCAUGAAGUUGAAGAUGCAGCAGCAGCAGCGGCAGCAGCAGAGUGGUGGCCAAGAAGAUGACGAUGAUGAGUCGGACGAGUACAUGAUUGACAGUGAUGAGGAUGAAGACGAGGAUGAGGAAGACGAUGAUGAAGAUGAUGAGGAUGAGGACGAUGAGGACGAAGAUGAUGACGUGGACGGAGAAGGCAGCUUCGAUGAGCGCCUCUUUGUCCCCAAGAUUGUCUUUGGUGACCAGAACAGUGGUCAGCAGCAGCAGCUGAUAAACAGUAGCUCGAGCAAUCACAUUGAAUCGUCGCUACAGG